UUAAAAGCAUGUGUUAUCUUGACUUAUUGGUCCAAAAUCACUUUUAAGUUUGGAGGAAAUACAGUCAAGAGGAGACGAGGUGCAGCCUACCUCCAAGCCAGCUUAAAUCAGAAGCCACUGGAUUGGAGAAUUAUUUUCUGAAGUUUAAGUUUUACUUGCAGGCCAGUAUUGACCUGCAUUUAAAGCCAUUGGUCGUAAUCUGAUCUGACCACUGCUCUUACCCUUGGUUGCUCCAGCAGUAAAGUGAGCGGUGAUGACCCUGUCUGGCGGCACCAGUGCCAGCAACAUGUCCGGUCAGACGGUGCUCACAGCUGACGAUGUGGAUAUCGACGUGGUCGGGGAGGGCGACGAGAGCAUGGAGCGGGACAGUGACUGCGAAAGCCAAUGCAUGCAGGACCGUGGAGAUGAGGUGGAAGAGAUCGAGGUGAAGGAGCACAGCGACAGCCCUUGCGAAAGCGCCGGAGAGGGCGAGUCCAAGGGGGAUGUCCAGGACAGCUCCUCCGGUCCCAUGCAAAACAAACCCAAGAGCAGCCUGGUGAAGCCGCCCUACUCCUACAUCGCCCUCAUCACCAUGGCCAUCCUGCAGAGCCCGCAGAAAAAGUUGACGCUCAGUGGCAUCUGCGAGUUCAUCAGCAACCGCUUUCCUUACUACCGGGAGAAGUUUCCGGCCUGGCAAAACUCCAUUCGCCACAACCUGUCCCUCAACGACUGCUUCGUCAAGAUUCCACGGGAACCGGGCAACCCUGGCAAAGGCAACUAUUGGACCCUCGACCCCCAGUCGGAAGAUAUGUUUGACAACGGCAGCUUUCUCAGGAGAAGGAAACGCUUCAAGAGACAUCAGCCGGACAUUCUCAGGGAUCAGGCAGCCCUCAUGAUGCAGAGUUUUGGGGCAUAUACUAUUGGGAAUCCUUACGGACGCCACUAUGGAAUUCACCCAGCCGCUUACUCGCACCCUGCAGCCGCUCUGCAGUACCCGUACAUUCCCCCGGUGGGUCAGAUGCUCCCUCCGGCGGUGCCUCUCUUACCCUCCGCAGAACUGAGCAGAAAAGCAUUUAACUCUCAUCUGAGUCCAAGUCUCCGAUUACAGCUAAACAGCCUGAGCACCGCGUCAAUGAUCAAAUCUGAGCCUUCCAGUAGACCAUCGUUCAGCAUAGAGAAUAUUAUCGGGGUCUCCAGCAGCUCUCCGAGCGCACAGACUUUCCUGCGGCCGCCCGUGACGGUGCAGUCCGCCUUACUGAGCGCACAGUCCCUGUCCUUAACCCGGACAUCAGCUGCCAUCGCGCCCAUUCUAAGUGUCCCGUCAAAUAUAAUCUCUGGGCAGUUUUUACCCACAGUGUCCACAGCAGCGGUAUCCAAAUGGCCAUCUCAAUGAUAAUCAAACUAUUUUUACACAUAUUUUAUUAAAAUACAGAACAGCACGGACUAUAGGCAGCACUGGACAAUUCGUCCGCCCCAAUGUAGCCAUGUAAAGACUUGAGAAGAAAAAAAAAAAAAAAUCAUAAUAAAACAAGGAAUGCUUUCAGUACAGGUAAUGUUUGUAAAUAUUUGUACAAAGAAAUUAAUGUACAUGUUUUACUUUCCUAUUUCAUGUCGAUGUUUUAAACUGUAUGACAGUUUUUAGUUUAUUUAGCUUUAUUAUUUUUUUAUUUUAUUUUAUUUUUUUCGUGGGGAUCAUGAAACAAGUGAUUUCACGAAUAAUGUUUUGCUUUAUAUCAAUCUGAAAUUUUUCAAUAUGAAGUUCUUAUUCAAAGACUGAAAAAAAGCUAUGUUUCUAAAAUGUAAAUAUAUGUAUUCUAUGUAGCUAUAUUGUGUUGUAAAUCAACUUCAUUUGUUAAUAAAU